AUGUCUGAGCAGAUCUCUGUGUAUGAUCAGAUUGAAAUCGAGGAUUUUACUUUUGAUCCGGAUCUCCAGGUCUUUUCAUAUCCAUGCCCAUGCGGAGAUAGAUUUCAAAUAUCCCUUGGAGACAUGGAGGACGGUGAAAAUAUAGCCGUAUGUCCAUCAUGCUCGUUAAUGGUUGAGGUAAUCUUUGAAAAAGAGGAUUUAGGAGAAUAUAUAGACGAGGUGGCUUAA